UUACAACGUGGACGUUUUCUUUAGCCGUUUCUUUUUAAUAUAACGCGUUAAAUCCUUCGGAAAUUUCGUGUAUUUUAAGUGUAAAUGAAAAUGGGAAGCUUGGACGAGUCAUCUUCACCAAUGGAACAAGUUUCGUUAGAUUUGAUUUUUACUAGAAUUGCCCAUCAAUUAAGCGAGUAUGAGAGCAAGUAUGAGGAGGAAGAACAUCCAAGAGUAUUUAGAACUGCAAACGCCGGAGAAGAAUUCAAUUUCUUUAAACCGCGUAAUGCUGACACCAUUUAUUAUUGUCUAAUAAUGGAUCCAAAUUGUGCUGAGGAAUUGGCCACUUCUUUAAUUGAGAAAUAUGAAUUGGAUGACAAAGCGGCUACUGCUGAAAUGAUACAGUUCUUUGCUGAUGUUGCUGGAAUACAAAGUAUAAAGAUAAACGAAUAUUUUGGGAUUUGUGAUUAUAACCAGAUACUGAAAAGAAUGAUAGAUAAAAUUCCAACAAAUUAUCAGGAUUCUGGUUAUUUAUUGAUUAAGGAGGAUGCUUGGAUAAAGAAAGUGACCUCAAUCUUUACGAAAUUCGUGAAAAUAUGCGUACAUAAAUCCGAACAAAAAGGAAGUUUAUUUAAAAAUAUUUUCUCUGAGUUAUUUGAGUUUUUAAAAGUUUUUUGUAAAUCAAAAGUGCAAGUGUUUAAGCACACAGGACUCUUUUUCGUUAUCAAUUUUUCCAUCGCAAUAGGAAAAAUUGCAAGAGGUCACGCAUUUGUGCUUUCAAAAUUUAGAGAUAUUGCUGAUUAUAGCGAUUAUUAUCGAACUCAACUUGAGAGUAAAAUUAACUGUUGCGAAACUGAAUUAAAUUUAUGUCUGCAAUAUUCCAGGUUUUUAGCAAGCAUCAUAUUGUGGGAAAAUAAAGUAUAUUAUCACGGGAUGAAACUGUACUAUAAGUUAUAUGUAACAAGUUUGCCCCUUUUAUAUAUUUCUGGAGAUGAUGUAGUGAAGAACGGAUAUGUAUCCAGUCUUGUUUAUUAUCUUAAUUAUCAAGUGACUGAUCAAAUAACAUUAAUACUUAUCGAGUCAGUAAUAAAGAUGUUAAAAGAUGAGCGAAAUAUUUUUAAUGAAGUUAAUAGUUCCAAGAUAAUUCAUGAAUUGUAUGGAAUGACGUUGGCGAAGAAUCUUAAAAUAGGAGCAAGUGCAUUGAGAGCUUUAUGUGCAGCUACGGAACGGUACUUCCCAUUCAUUUCUGAAGAACUCCAAUCCAAAUUAUUUCCCAUUAUGUAUAAUAAGAAUUGUGUUCUUGCUAAAGAAGCGGGGAAAUUCUUUAUGCUUUCUCAGAGAAAAAUCAACGCUGAUGUUAAAGGAAUAUUAAUUGAUAUGGUAAAUUAUCGCAUUUGUUUACCAAUGUAUAAAAAUGUGCCUGAAGAUUUUGUUGAAUCGAUAAUCGAUGAGGCACACGAACUUUCCGAUUUUACAAUGAUAACUGAAAUGUCAUUGAGAAAUGAUCUAGAUUUAGAUUUUAAUCAAGAAGUUGUUUUAUUGGAAAUUUUUGCCCAUGCGGUUAUCAUUAAAAUGACUGGAACAUCAUUAAAACCAAGAGUUGAUUCCAAAGAAAUCUCUUAUAACCCCGAAGAGGUGGUUGAAAUCCUUAAUCAAAUACUACCUUCUUUACACAGGUUAUUCCAAAAAUAUUCCACCGAAACACAAUGUUUAAAUAAUCUAUUAUUGAUAAUGAACAAAAUACCACUCAACGACGUAAACUUAACCCAAUUUCACGAUAAAUUGUACCAAAUAAUUAAACUGUACCCAAAAUUAUUUGAACACACAAAUGAUAAAAUGUUAUUGUUAUCGAUAAGCGAAAAUUUGCGUCACUUUUCAUCGGAAUCAAGUCCAAUUCAUACAUUAUCUUCAGCUACAGUUCAAUGCAUAACUGAGAAAGUUUUAGCCGAAUAUGAGUCCGACUUCCAUAGUACAUGGAACGAUAACGUUCAAUACCACAUUAGCGGCGUUUUAGCGAAAUUAGCGGCUUUAAGAAAAUUCCAUCCUCCCAUGGAAAAUGAAAUUUUUACGCCAUUAAGACAGUUGAAUGAGUGUAAUGAAAAAGUGGUUGUUAACGAGUUGGAAUACGAGGCUUACUUUUUGUGUCAAAAAGUUAAUAAAUAUUUGCAAAAUGAGUUAGGAAUGUCGUCAAUACACGAAAUGUAUGAUAGUUUUUCCGAUGGACUAUGCCAAAUUUUGACAACGUUGAAAUCGAUGGAAUCAUUUACAAUCCUUCUUAACUGUUUCGUGGAUGUUCAUGUUUCUUUGAAAACAAUUCGGAAUGAACUUAAAAAUUCUUUAACAGAAGAUCAAGUAGAAAUUAUUUGUGUGUCAAUUAAAAAGAAGCUUGAAAAUAAUGAUGAAGAUUCUAUGAGUUUAGUGACGAAAUUUCUUAACUCAACCAAUGCCGUAACAAAUUCUAUUGCACUUUACAUUUUGGCACUUUUCAAUAAAUUCCAUUCUUUUUACGGCGAUAUUUAUGAAAGUAUGUUGGUAACUGCAUUCAAAGUUUCCCCUAAUGAAAUGUGUGCUGUAAUAACUGAAACCGUUCUGCGUGAAAUCACAAAUUUCGAAAGUGGACUUUGUACUGCAUGCGAAAAUUUUACUGAAAUAGAGGAAUUAUCAGCUAGAUAUUUUAGUGCAAUACCAAAAAAAUUCGUUCCUACAGCUGCAAUUGCUUGUAUAGAGCUUGGAGCUAAAUAUCCGUCUUAUAGUUCACUUUUGAAGGUUGUAAACAGCUUAUGUGUCGAACAAGUUAUAACCAAAGAUAAUUGGAAGGGUUUAGCUAGAAUACUGCGAACACGUAAGUUUCCUUCUGAAAAGCAAGAGGAACAAGCUAAUAGUUUAUUAGUAAUACUAGAAGAAAAAUGAGUUAAAAAGUUAUUAUACGAGAAGUAUUAUUUUGGUUUAAGAAUGUUGUGUUGUGUUUUGUUUUUAAUUUAAUUUGUAGUAGAUAUUAGAUUUUCGUUUCUGUUCAGUGCCACAAAAUAUGUUUAAUAACAAUAUUUUAUUUAUUUUAAAAGACGGCAAUAUCAGUAAAGAUUUUUUGAAAUUAAA